AGAUUUUCAUGCUUUAUCUAGCUUUAUUAUUGGUGCUACAUGUAUGUAGAUGUGAUGACUCGCUCCCCGUUUAUGUAAACGGUGUGAAACCAGAACUCAGUUAUAAUGGGGAGAAACUGAAAUUUGGUAUGGGAGCGGUCAAGGACUCAUAUGGUGCGGCUCCAUUCCUUCAAAUUCCUGUCGGAGAUGGAUCACAGCUUCGAGUACCAAAAGCAUUCUAUCAUUAUACAGAAAGAGAUCUAGGAGCAGAUGCGGGGUGGGGUGUACCUAGUGAUGGCAGGCUUAUGGCACUUAACACCCUAGUGAAGAAUAAUCGAAAGGAAAUUAAUGGCGUCUACCUACCUUUCCCGAAUAUGGAUCCAAUCAAUCUACAUUUCAUUUCACAAAAAACUUUCGAAAAAGGGAUCGACACUUCUGCACAAGACGGAACUCCUAAUGGUGCGUUGGAAGCAGCGAAAAGGAUCUGCCGGUUCUCUUCCGAAGUUGAAUGCGAGGAAGCGCUACUGCAUUACCACAGAACAAAAGCUAAUGCCCUUCGACAACAAAGCAAACCCCUGCAUCAACAACUUCUCAACUUGAGCGAUUUGACCUCUUAUUCGACACUGCGCGAUCGGGAAGGCGGAGGAUUGGGAGUUGUAGUUGGAGUCCCUGGUUACGAUCCUUUGUACGUAGGUGCAGCACUGGAUGCAAACAAAGAUGCUAAACUAGGACUUCGGUUUUCACCGCCUGAAUGA